UUCUGUGGAGCUGGUCCUCUGACUGACUUUUCACAGUCCGAUGCCUCGACAGGACUCAGCAGUCAUGGCUGGCAGUCUGACCCACCACGGCUCCCCGAACCCCGGCUACAGCUCCAACAACGCUGUCCCGGUGCCGGUCAUCACACAGACGGACUCCAGGGACAAAUGGAGCAAAAAGAUGGAUUUUCUCUUGUCUGUCAUUGGCUUUGCGGUGGACCUGGGAAAUGUUUGGAGAUUCCCGUACAUAUGUUAUCAAAACGGUGGCGGUGCUUUCCUUAUUCCCUACAUUCUGAUGGCCAUCUUUGGUGGUGUGCCGCUCUUUUACAUGGAGCUGGCCCUGGGACAGUUUCACAGGACCGGAGCCAUAUCCAUUUGGAAACACAUCUGUCCCAUUUUCAAAGGCAUAGGAUAUGCCAUUUGUAUCAUUGCUCUGUAUGUGUCCUUCUACUACAACACCAUCAUCGCCUGGGCACUCUUCUACUUCUACUCCUCUUUCUCCAGCAUCUUGCCUUGGACAAACUGCGACAAUGUGUGGAAUACCCCCGACUGCACCAACUAUUUUGGCAUUGACAAUGUUACCUGGACGAAUUCCUCCAGGUCUCCGGCAGAGGAAUUUUAUACGAGGAAUGUUCUUGAGAUCCACAAGUCGUCUGGGCUGAAAAACGUCGGGGGUGUUCGCUGGCAGUUGAUGCUCUGCCUUUUUCUCAUUUUCACCAUUGUUUACUUCAGCCUCUGGAAGGGCGUGAAGACUUCAGGGAAGGUUGUGUGGGUGACCGCCACCUUACCCUACAUAGUGCUUUUCAUCCUGCUAAUUCGAGGCGCCACUCUGCCAGGAGCCUGGAGAGGUGUGGUGUUUUACCUAAAACCCCAGUGGGGGAAGCUGCUGGAGACCAGUGUGUGGGUGGAUGCUGCAGCUCAGAUAUUCUUCUCUCUGGGGCCCGGAUUCGGGGUGCUCCUGGCUCUCUCCAGCUACAACCCUUUCACAAAUAACUGCUAUCGUGACGCCAUUGUGACCAGUUUGGUGAACUGUCUGACCAGCUUUGUGUCGGGGUUCGUCAUCUUCACGGUGCUGGGCUACAUGGCAGAGAUGAGGAAGGUGGAGGUUGAGGAUGUAGCCCGGGAUAAAGGACCGAGUUUACUCUUCAUCACGUACCCAGAAGCCAUUGCAAACAUGAUGGGCUCAACCUUUUUUGCUAUCAUCUUUUUUGUGAUGAUGAUCACGCUGGGACUGGACAGCACGUUUGGUGGACUGGAGGCGAUCAUCACUGCUGUGUUGGAUGAAUACCCAGAUUAUUUCUCUCACAGACGUGAACUCUUUGUUCUGGGCUUGGUAGUCGUCUGCUUUUUGGGCUCUCUAAGCACCCUUACAAAUGGUGGUGCCUAUGUGGUGAAGCUGCUGGAGGAAUUCGGAGUAGGAUGCUCCAUUAUUGCUGUGGGUUUCCUUGAAGCCAUUGCGGUUUCCUGGUUCUACGGUAUCAAAAGAUUUAGCAGUGAUGUUCAGGCCAUGCUGGGCAAAGCUCCAGGAUUAUUCUGGAGGGUGUGCUGGGUUGCCAUCAGUCCAGCAUUUCUAGCGUACAUUAUAGUGAGCUCCUUCCUGAAAGCGCCGCCCCUCACGCUGUUUGACUAUAAGUACCCUGACUGGAGCAUCACAGUGGGAUACAUCAUUGGCUUCUCAUCCUUCAUGUGGAUCCCCAUCUACAUGGUCUACAAGCUGGUGUGGACUCCUGGAUCUCUCAAACAGAGGUUGGCGGUGUGUCUUAGACCAGAGAGGACCAUACCAAACAUCCACACUGACAGCCUCAACAUGGCUACCGUGCCAUAGAAAAAAAAAGCACCUUAACACAUGGAAAAUACACUUGUCCCCUGCUUGUAGUUUUUUAUUCAAACCACAGUUUUAAGUUAUUUGUGACCGAACCUGAACAUUAUCUGACAUCAUGACUGUUACCUGCUUAUGAUGUUGAACAUGUCAACUUUUACUGCACAUGUACACUCUGUAAAAUGGUAAAUGCUGCUAAAUUUGUAAUUCCAAGAGUAGCUGAGAUAGCAAUACUCAAACCUCACUGUAUGGUCUGUGUGUAUUCAGAUCUACCUGCAUCACCAGGACAGUAUGUAGCUUUCACAUGCUGCCAUUUUCAAGUGUUGCAUUUCUGUGGUUGUAGGAGUCAUAUUUAUAUAAUGGUCUGCCUUUUCCCUUAAUCAGCUGUCUUUAUCUCACAGGAACAAUAUGCCAAGGAAAAUAAAAACAUGUAUUUCUAUAUGUAACACUCAGCAAAUCAUUUCUAUUGCAUGGGGCCGUUUUCUCUCGUUCACGUUCUAUAUUUUCUGUAGUUUGUGAAAGUUAGAUGAAAUCAGUUCUGCAUGCUCAGCAGUGGAAACACCAGUGCUUGGAGCAACAUAGAGGUUAACAUAGUUUUUCACCACUAGGUUAGUGGGCUGUUUAUUAAAUCAGUGGACAACAUACUCUACAGUUUGUCAGAUAAUGUUUUUCACACCAAGUGUUAACAGCUCUGCUGUAUUUUUUGUGGCAAUUGUAACAGAUACUGCAUGUGGUUUGUGUUGGACUUAAGUUUAAACACUUUUUUUUAACCUCUCAGCCCACGAGGAGAGAGAUGAAAUGGGACCAAACCUAACUUAGUUUGACAGUAAAUUACAGUCCCUUCUUUAUUUUUGCUAGUGCUGUAUUUAAUAUUUAUCAGUAGAUCUGUAAUACAGUGCUUGUAUAGGAUUUCAUGCCAGCUGCUGGAUAUAUCUGCUAAAAAUGUUUAGUUUUUCCCUACAAGUAUUUGUAAUGGAGAUAAGUGAGGCACUCAGACAAAGACAUCAGUGUUUAUGUUUUCUGAAAACAUAUCUUUUUAAAUUGUUUUUAAAUCUUAGAAUUUGAUGUAUUGUUUUAGUAUUGGCAUUAUAGAAAGUGGAGCCUGUGUACUUUCUGGAGAUACAGUACAGUAUGUACAAAUCUUUGGAUCUUCAAUUUCAAAAUGAACGCUUUGGUCUUCAUCUGAUGGCUUCAUUUAACUCCAGAUAGCCUGUUUUGCCUUAAUCUGCCUAAAUAUUACACUGUAUGUACAAAAAUUGUAAAGGUUGUAUUGAUAUUGUGCCUCUCCAAUGUUUUCACUCUCUGAUUUAAGACUGUUCAAAUGUUUUUGCAGACACACAGCAUAAUAUGACUUGUGUCUUUGCCACAUGUGUUAAACUUAUCUAAAAGCUCUUUAUACUUAAUUUCUAUUCAGAGAAAAAUGUGAUGAGCAAGGUGUUGAUUGUUGUGUGAUUUUCAGUCCUUUUCAUCCUGGUUUAUGUAGUAGUCAGAUGUGUAUGAAUUAAUUAUAGUAUACAUUACAUAUUUAAUAUCUGU